UCUCCACAGCACUCUCGCUCUGCCUUCUAUGUGAUGAUGGGUGUCCCAAUUAAGGGAUAUUCCCACAAUAUUUCAGACCGCGUUUUCAAGGCUAUAUUUGUUCGAUUUUUAGCGUACUUGUUUCAAUUCCAGAUUUGGACUGAGGUGCAAUCAGGCGUUGGGGCCGUCAAUUUCAUCACGGGGGCCGGUGGAUUUUUACAAGCAUUGAUGUUUGGUUAUGGUGGUAUGCGGAUCAAACCCUAUAGUUUCGAGUUCUCAUCGACUUUUAUGCCGCAAGACGUCGAAACGCUCAAAUUUGUUGGUCUGGUUUACCUUGGUACCACAUUUGACCUAACAUUGGAGAAUGACAAUGUGGAUAUUCAAAUCAACAAAGCUGGCCAAGUUCCCCUUGAACUGACCUUUCAAGAUGGAUCCUCAGACAGCUUUUCAGGAACGACCUUCAAUUUCCCUCGGCAGGAUUUCAAAUUGGCCCCGCAGGAAAAGCCACUCUGUGACACGCCGAAAGAUGAAAUAAAUGUCAUUUAUGAUUGAGCUCGCUUGUACUUUUCCAGCGUGGAUUUUUUCUCAUUUCCGUUCUCACAUAGCAUUGUAUCCCAACCCUAGUUCGGGAUAUUGAGGGUCAUCUCCUCCCACUGCGCUGAGAGGAGACAAAUCCAGAGGAUACGAUUGGCCUAACCAAGAGGCAUGAAUGGUGUGGUCGUCGAUUUCGUUGUUCCCCAAUGGAUGGAUGAAAAUCGUCAGGUCGCCACGAUUUAAGAGUAUAAAACUCAGGAACUUGGCAUAGGAUUCCCGUGGCACCCAGGUCUGUUAUGAAGAGAGUGAGUGAUAUUUUUGAAGACACCACUUAGGAGUUGCAUGUGAGCCGGCCAUUUACCUCGAAACUUCCGCAAGAAUGUGGUCCAAUGGGUUGGACAUUGAAACCAGGUACUUCAUCUUCAUUGAUCGUGGGCAGGAUCUCAUUUGUGAUGCCAUCGCAAACCACGGUGAAGUUCCCAUUGUGCACUUCGUCAACAAUCUUCUCCUUCAAAGUCAGGGC